CGCCGGACCGUCCGUCGUGGUCGUCGACAACCGGUGUGUGUGUGUGUGUGUACCGAUUAUCAUCUUCGCAGUACGUAAGAGAGUAAAUAAAAAAAUAUAUUAAAAAAAAAAAACGACCUAAGCCGCGUUCAAGAAGUAUAGUCGUACGAAAAUAGUAUAGUGGACGUCCAUAAUUUGGAGUGACCAAAAUAUAUAUUUUGAAAAAUUUACUCGAACGAUAUUUUUUUUUUAAUUUUUAUUUUUAUACAUAAAUCUGUACGAAAGCCACUUAACACGGUGUGUGUGUGUUUAAUUAGUGGCGCUCCGGUGCUGCGAAAGGGAAAGGACGGACACGAGAAGAGCGCGCGCGUUUUGUGCCGUCGCCGCCGCCGCACACCGUCUUCGUCCGUACGUUUGUUCGCGUGUGUUUGCCCCCGUGUGCUUGCGAUAUCGUGUCGUCAGCAUGAUGUCACUGUACAGGACCAUAAGGGGCACGAGCGGCACCCAGAAACGAGUCAGAGACAGAAGCUGUCCGUCAUUAUCAGUGGCCAACGACAUGAUAUCUAGGCGGCGCAUACUGUCCAGAUCCCGGGACGACCUGAACUUGGAAUCGGCAGUCGGAUUUGCCGUACAGGCGGAGGAAGAAGAAGACGUUUGGUACAACAAGGACAAGCUGUACAAGGAUCACAUCCAAGAAGUGUUGGACAAAUGGACUCAGAUCGACGACGAGAUAUGGGCCAAAGUCAUAGUGUUGGAAAGGAACCGACGCGUGGCCAAAGCCUAUGCUCGAGCACCGAUUCUCACAGUGAACGGGUCCGACGAGGGAUUCGACGGCUACAGGAUCGGCGUGAACGGAUUUGACAACCCCAUGCGAGACCCCAAGACCGAAGAAGUCAAAAAACAAGUGGGCCUUGGCGUUAAAGUGAAAAUGGACGACCAAGGCAACAUACUAGUGAAAAGGCUGUCCGGGAAGAACGUUUACGUCAAGAGCGUAUCGAACGCCGGAGAGGAGACCAGCAUCGGAGCGGACGUGCUCAAGUUACCCAACUACUGUCUGGAAAACGACAAACCGGUUAAGUUGUUCGACAUGAAAAAGUUCCAACAGAACGUGUCGAGAGAACUGCGCAGGGCGUAUCCGGACCGGAGGCGUUUGGAAUGCCAGUGUUUGAGUGCCAUCAGUUUCGUGAAAAACGAACCGGACAUGUUGGACAGCCCCAUCUGGGUGUUGAUCAUAAACGUCGUAGCCAUGGACAUGCUCAAGUCGAAAUUGCCACCAAUUUACGCAGUGAAUUCACGCACGGUGGAUAUCAAGAACCGGCCGAGAAUCCCGAUACCGGACGAGGACCCGUACAGCAUAGCGGGCGCCAACAUGGUGGCGGCGACCAGGGAACAGCUGAUGAUGCAGACGGCGGGCCGUCGGGGCGACAAACCGCCGAAGUUGCCUCCCAGAGAUCCGUCCAACCCGUACCCUCAUGACAUUCCCAAGCCCGACUACGACGACAUCGAAGAGGAAGAAAACCGAUUGACCGGCGGUAUGAAACAGUUCACAUCGUCGAGAGGAAAAGACAAAGUCAAGGACAAUAAGAAAUACGACGACCCCUAUUACUGCGGUCUCAGGGCGAGAGUGCCGAAUUUCGUCAAGACGUCCAACGGCAAGGCCAUGGACUCCAAAGACGUCCUGAUCAGCCACAAGCUCAGCACAGCCGUGCCUCCGUCCCGCUACCACCAGAACACCAUGGCCCUGUCCAACGGUCACCUAGCCGGCAACGUGCAUUACCAUCACCACACCCAACCGGCCAUGUGGCAUACCCGCAGCUUCGACAGUGGAAUGGACGCCGAAGUAUUCGAUUCGCCUUACAAUCACAUAUACGGUCGUCUGCCCAUACCCACCAGAGGUUACAUACCGGCAGGUCACAGGACUCCAAUGUACGUUGGCGAAUGGGACUAAUGCAAACAGCGAUCGAGCACGCGAUGACAAUACGGUUGUAAACGAUAAUAAAAUAUAGAUUGUAAUUUAUAUAAUAUUAUCAAAUAUAUGUUGUAACAAUGUAAACGAAUACAUUGCAUUUUAUAAUUAUAUAUUAUUAUUAUUGUUCUAGAGUAUAUAAAAUUGAUUUUGUUGUUCUUGACUGAUGGACACGUAUAAUGAUAUAUAAUAUAUUAGUAUAUUAUUUAUACCUAAAAUGCUUUUGUGAACUCGCGUGUAUGUACAUAUAAACGAUGAAAUCGAGUCUUUUUUUCUUUUAACUUAGUUAGGCCAAUAUAGAUGAUGAUGAUAAUAAUAUUAGUUAAUAAUGUUUUAUAAAUAUUGUAAUUUUGUGUAUGUAAAACCGAUCGAUAAUAACACAAGAUGUAAGUUUAAAAUUAUAGUAAUUUAUAUUUCGUUGUUUUAUAUUUGAUUUAUUUUUUUUUAGCAAAAGAUUGGUCAUUUAAUGAUUAUUAUUGGACUUUUUUUUAUUUUUUAGCAUAAUUUAAGCGCUAAAAGAAGAAAAAAACGCAUUAUAAUAAUAUUAAUAAUAUUAUAUAUUGUAUUAUAAUAUAACGUUUAUAUAUAAAUAUAUGUCUAGUAAUACAACUAUAGAGACACA